AUGGAAGUAGAUAGUAAUUUGGUUCAUGAUUGUAAACAGGAAGAAGAUGUUGAGAGAAAAGGUAGAAAAUCCAGCGAACAAUGUCGAAAUCGAAUUUCGAAAGUAUCAAUCAUCAUCGCCAUUAUUCCUAUCUUACAGAUUUUCAUGGGCUGGCGUUAUUCUCAAGCUUGUCCAAUAAACAAACUGAUUCCACACUAUUCAAUCGUAGCUGGUACUGUCGCUCUCCUUCUGGUUAUUCUGAUCUCCAUUACUCAGCUUAUAACACGAGUAUUUGGAAAAACAGUGUUUGAUGAUAAUGUUGAUCGAAGAAAUCCAAAUCGUGCGACAAUGUUCGUCGGUUGCGGCAUAUGUAGUAUUAUGUGCAUAAAUUUAUCGCUUUUUAUAUUCUUACUUGGUUGGUCUGUCACCGGUUUAGUAUGGGUCAUUGAUGCUUGGUAUCGUGUUCAAUAUAUACACGCUGAAAAAAAUGAUUACUGCCAUCCCAUACUUUAUCAAUUUACAUUUGCCAUUCUUUUAAUCACAACUCUGCUGAAAGUAUUAUUUUUUUGUAUUUUUUGCAAGAAAACUUGUGUUAAAAUGGCUAUGACGAAGAGAAGAGAUACGAUCACAUCAGAAGAUGGUUAA